AUGGUCUCCUCCUUUUGCUGGGGCUGCCUCACACGGCUGCGCCCAACACCUCCGGCUGUUAUUCCACCGAUGUCAGUCCCCCGAGCGGCAUCGUUCCACACGUCCGCAGUCCGCCUUUCGGUCCUCAAGAAGAAGCAAAAUGUGAUUAAAAGUGGAUUCCGUGAAUCCAAUUCUCCCAAAAUGAAGAGGAAGAAGAAUGUCGAGCGGGCACGACCGCCUCCGGUUGGAGAACGCAAGGCGAUGCGGAAGCGCCUCGUCCUCAGCAACCCCAAUGCCCUUGAGGUUGAAGGUAUGCAGGAAGUCUCGGCGGAAACAAUGGUGGACUCGCGACUCCGCGGAUCUGUUCUCGGUCUUCCCGUGCCGAUGCUCACUCAACUGCGCGCGGUGGAAGCCUUCAAACCGACGCAGGGCUGGUCGAUAUUCCGUCGCCCCGGGACAGUGGUCAGACGGGAAACGCUGGAGCUGGGUCGAUUGAUUGACGGUAUCUCCGGUGAUGGGGAAGGCAAAGGGAAAUCGGUCAAGAAGAUUAUCACCGGUGCCAGAGGAACUGGAAAGAGUGUUCACCUGCUGCAAGCCAUGUCGAUGGCUUUCACCAAGAAGUGGGCUGUCUUUACCGUUCCUGAGCCCCAGGAUCUAGUCAUUGCGCACACCGGCUACGCGCCCCUCUCCGACGAGACGCCUAACUUGUAUGUUCAGAACGCAGCAACUGCCGCCCUUUUGUCUCGCACAGUGGCCGCCAAUGAAGAGCUCCUCAAUGGUCUGAAAGUGUCACAAGCCCAUCCGGCUCUCAAAUCCUCCGUCAAGCCCGGUAUGACGCUCGCCGAUUUCACCCGGCUGGGUACUCAGGACCUCGCCAUUGCCUGGAAUGUUUUCCAGGGACUGUGGUCUGAGCUGACCGCGACUGCUGCUGCUCCUGGAUUGAAGGAGCACUUCGAGCCUCGCCCCCCUAUGCUUGUGACCGUGGAUGGCCUUGGCCACUGGAUGAAGAACUCCGAGUAUCGCACUCCUGAAAUGAAACCCAUCCAUGCCCACGAUUUGGUUUUCGUGCGUCAUUUCCUUUCGCUCUUGAAGCCCGGGGCCGAAAAGGCAACUUUCCCUAAUGGCGGCCUGCUCUUGUACGCCACCUCGGCCUCCAACAACCCCUCGGUCUACAGUUUCGAAGCCGCUCUGAAGCAGGUCGAGGCCCGCCACGCCGGCGUGAAACCUUCGGCGCCUGAGUUCCCUCAUGCCGAUCCUUACAGCCGAGCUGACCAACGCGUGCUCGAUGCCAUGGAUUCUCCCAUGCCUACCGUCGCCAAGGAGGAGAUGCUGGAGCUCCAGUCUCUUAGCGGACUUACCCGGGACGAGGCCCGUGGCUUCCUGGAGUACUUUGCCCGCAGCGGGCUUCUGCAGGAGAACAUCAACGAGGAAUGGGUGGGUGAGAAGUGGAGUUUGGCUGGCGGCGGUGUGAUCGGUGAACUCGAGAAGCUGGGAAGACGCUUGAGAGUCGGUGCUUAA